AUGGCUUCAUGUGAACGUUCGUUGCUUCCUAUUGAUAUAAUAGAAGAAAUAUGUUGUAGGAUUCCAGUCGAAUAUUUGACGCAAUUCAAAUUGACGUGUAAACAAUGGUUUGCUCUCUUGAAGGACAAGAGAUUCAUCUACAAAUACUUGGAUCUUUUUCAAGAACAAGAACGUUUCAUAAGAAUCGAUCGUAUUGUUCAGAUCAUCGAUCCAGUGAAAGGAGCUCGUUCAUCUUCACCAAUCCCGCAAGAGUUCGACAAUGUAGCUCAAAUCUCCACUAUGGUCCAUUGUGAUGGAUUAUUGUUAUGUAGAUGCAAGAACGAACGAUCAAGAAGCUACAAACUCGCGGUUUGGAACCCGUUUUUGAGUCGAGUCAAAUGGAUCGAACCAAUGGAUUUUUAUUCGAGUAAUGAUUUCUAUGGUUUUGGAUAUGACAAUGUAUGUCGUGAUGAGUACAAACUUCUAAGGAUUUUCGAUGGAGAGAUUGAAGACGAGAGUGAAAUCGCGGGGUCUUAUGAACCGAAGAUUCAGAUAUAUGAUUUCAAAUCUGAUUCAUGGAGAAUUGUUGAUGAUACUCGUUUGGAUUGGUCUAUAGAUCCACCUUGUAAAGGUGUGUCGGUGAAAGGAAACAUGUAUUGGAUUGCACAUUGGAAUAAUAGACCCGAAAUUUUCAUCCAGAGUUUUGAUUUCUCCACAGAGACAUUCAAAAUCGUUUGCAAUCUUCCAUUCGAAUGUAAUGUAUUAGACACGGCAGCCUUAUCGAGUUUAAGAGGAGAUAGGCUUUCUUUGUUACAUCAAAGUGGAGAAACAAUGAAGAUCGAAGUUUGGAUCACAAACAAAUUGAGCGAUGAGGUAGUCUCAUGGACCAAGUACGUAGACGUGACUAGCCCUGAUCUCCCGACAUUACAUACUGAUCAACAUCUCACUCAUCCAAGUUAUUUCAUUGACAAGAACGAUAAUAUCAUGGUAUGGUGUGAGCAAGAGACCGAAGAGGAAACCGAUGAUGAUGUUUGCGUUAGCGUUUGCAUGAUUAGUAAAGAUGGAAUAGUGAAGAAACAAAUUGAUGCAGGACGAUGUGAUUUGUGUAGUGAUAAUAGGCCUUUUGUUUGCGGUUAUGCAUAUGUUCCAAGUCUGGUUCCAGUUCCAGAAUAA